CUCAGAUUCGUAAUCAGCAACCUCAAAAACUCCCGAUAACCAAUUUUCCAGUAUUAUAUUUCAAUGUAUCAGCCCCUUCUUGCCACCAUCUUUCGUUUACGACCGCGUUCCGAAACUCGUUGAAAAAAAUUUUCGCCUCGUCUGUAUAUCAAUACGAAGCGGAUCGACUGUUGCACACACGCAUACCGCAAUCUGUCACCAUCUGUCACUUUCAAAGGGAAUGGGAGUGAAUGGGAGUAGUAUGUGUAACCUCGCCUAUUAGCUUAAGAUAUCUGACAAGUGUCCACCUACGCUUGGAACAAAUGUUUAUUUUUUAAUCUGUCGCUGUCAUGAAGCUCGGGUGAUAUAUACGUGUGCGUGUGCCAAUCGAUUGCAAUCGCCUAAAUCAAAUAAAGCCAUCUGAUAUCGCGCGUACGAUUUUUCUUAAGGCCACAAAAAUGGAUCAGAUAAAGGUCCCUAAGGUAGAGAACGUGAGGAUGCUAGAUAAAUAUAGCAAUAAUCAUUCCAUCGGCACGCUCUACCUGACGGUGACUCAUCUCAUCUUUGUCGAAAGGAGCGGCAAAAAGAAGAUAUGGGUGUUAUACACACAUAUCUCUAACAUAGAGAAACAGCCAUUGACGACCACAGGCUCGCCGUUGUAUAUUAAGUGCAAGCAUUUUUUCAUUGUCACAUUUGUCAUCCCGAAGGAACGCGAUUGUCACGAGAUUUAUCUCACAUUAUUGAAAUUAUCCUGCCCAGCUAGUGUAGAAGAUUUAUAUUGCUUCAAUUACCAAGAGAAUAAAGAUACGCUACCUCAGCAUGCCGGAUGGAAUUUCUUCAAUGUGCAGAGUGAAUUUCAACGGCAAGGCGUCCCGAACGAGGAGUGGUCGCUUUCGUAUUUAAAUACUAAUUAUGAGCUCUGCGAUACUUAUCCAAGGUACUUAUACGUCCCGAGCGCAUCUACGAAAAAUAUUUUAUUAGGCAGCGCGAAGUUCAGAAGCAGAGGGAGGCUACCAGUUUUGACGUACUUGCACUCGAACAAGGCUGCCAUUUGCCGCUGCAGUCAACCGCUCUCGGGAUUUAGCGCGCGGUGCCCCGAAGACGAGGAAAUGAUGCAUCACAUACUGUGUACAAAUCCUAAUUCGCGGUACAUGUAUGUUGUCGAUACAAGGCCGCGGAUCAAUGCCUUCGCUAACAGAGCUGCAGGAAAGGGAUAUGAGAACGAGAAUUUCUACGACAAUAUCAAAUUUCAUUUCUUCGGCAUAGAGAACAUUCAUGUAAUGAGAACGAGUUUAAAUAAGCUUUUGGACCUGCAAAGAUCAACGUCCAUGAGUGCAUUCGUGAGUGGUUUAGAGAGCAGCGGUUGGCUCAAGCAUAUUCGUUCCAUCCUGGAAACUGCUUGGUUCAUCGCACGGGCAGUUUCGAACGGCGUGAGCGUGGUAGUGCAUUGUAGCGACGGAUGGGAUCGCACUGCGCAAGUGUGCUCUCUGGCUGCGUUGCUGUUGGAUCCAUUUUACAGAACUAUUCAGGGCUUUCAAGCUUUAAUAGAAAAGGAUUGGCUCUCGUUCGGUCAUAAAUUUAGUGACCGUUGCGGCUAUGUCAGUAACGACGGUAAAGAACUCGCGCCGAUAUUUACACAAUUUAUAGAUGCGACGUACCAAUUACUACAGCAAUAUCCAUAUAAAUUUCAAUUCAACGAAUAUUUCCUUUUAACGUUACACGAUCAUGUACACAGUUGUCAAUACGGCACGUUCAUCGGAAAUUCGGAGAAAGAAAGGCAAAUGUUAAGAUUAUCCGAGCGAACGUACUCGUUGUGGGGCUACUUGGCGAACAAUAUGAAUGAGUAUAUAAAUUCAAUCUACAGGUGCAAUCGUUACAACAACGAGGAAUCUGCUGAUAUUCUUCAACCAAAAUUGGCACCUCAGUCUAUCGUUCUGUGGAGAGGCCUGUACUUCAGAUUCGAGAAUGGAAUACAUCCUAGGGAAACGUGCGAAGACUUAAUUCUGACGAUUCACGAUCACACGAGUUCUUUGGAGGAUCAUGUGAAGCUUCUAUUAAAACGAGUCAGUUCGUUGGGGCAACUUUUAAAUACCGCUCCGAAUAACGCUCAAAAGAAGGGAAAGCAUAAAUUCGACAAUAAAUUCAUGAAGGAAUCGUUGUCGGAGACUAUAAUAGAGAACACCGCAAAUCACGACGAGAAGACGAGAGCUAAACUAAAAGCGAAUCAAUUGGAAAAUGAAUUGAAGACGGUCGCCUUGGAAUGGAAAUCGUCGCGAAAUAUGGAAGAAUGUGGCUGCUCCACCACGUUCGAUGCUUUUAACAAAAAGCAUCAUUGUUGGUCCUGCGGUGAUGUAUUGUGUACAAGAUGCAUGGCGGUGCACACCAAGUUACCUGGACAUCUGUCACAACGUGCCGUACCCACCUGCAAAUCGUGUUAUCAAAAUUUCGGCAUGUCUGCCACUAGUCCUUAGAGCCGCGCUUUAUUUAAUUUAAUGCCGACUUAAGCGGUAUCUACAAUAAGAUUUUAAAGGCGUAAAGCUUAAGCUUUAAGCCUUAAGCCGUAAGAAAUUGACCAAACAUAGUCGAUUAUUCUCCUCAUAUUCGUCUGUGAUUAAUUAAUUUCUUAUGGCUUAAGUUUUACGUCUUAAAAUCUCAUUGUAGACACCGUUUUAUGCUUACAAUCUGUAUUUGUACACACAUGUCUUUUGAACGAAACAGCGAAGAAACGUAGUACAUGUAUCGAGCAAUAUCGUAUUAUUCAAAUUUCAAUAUUUAGCUGUUUUCUAUAUUUCUUCGAAUUUUAUUUCGUUUCGCAAUCGAUCAAUACACAAACAACGUAGUACCUGAUUACAAUAUGUACCAUAUGGAUUUAUCUCUAACUUAAAUAACUCAUUUAACACAUUAAAGUUCGUGAAUAUUACACCAAAUAAUUAGUAACAAAUCAUUGACUAUCAACUACUAUGGUACGGUCGAUAAAUACCGUUUACAUUUUACGUCAAUGACUUUAAAAGCUACCUUGUCAAUUGUAUUCUUUCGGUAUUUUUUAUAAUCGCUAGAAAAAAAUGAUACAUAUAUAAAUUAUGAAUAUAUAUAUAUAUUGAUUAUGAAUAUAUAUAUAUAGAUUAAAAAAUUACGGGAACACAAGCUGAUUUUGCACAUUCUGUGGAUAAAUAUUAUCUGCAUCGCAUCGCAAUUAAAUUGGACUCUGCCAUAGUAGUUGAAGAAUAUAGUAAUUAUUAAAUUCGUUUUAAGUUACAUUAGGACGUGAAAUUGUACAUACAUUGCAUUCACAUAUAUUACAUUCAUCACUUCUUUACUAUCUUUUGCUAAUUUGUCCCACUGUAAUAUCAAAUAUGUAACAUUAAAACUGAGUAAAAUGCUGUUCUUUAAUGU